CACUGGCCUACCCUAGCACGAUAAACAGACUCUUAUCGGCUACUGAUAGUACGAUAUCAGUUCACUGUAUUUAGGCGAACGCGGCGGUCAACCAUUUUGAUAACUAUUUCCAUAUUAUUUAUUUUAAAUAUUAUUUUUUUAAAUUUGACUUUUGUGAGUGUUACAAAAAUGAGGUUGAAUACGGCAUCACUUUCCUUCGAAAACAUGCCGAGACAGAAGAGUUUCGGAUGCUUAUCACUUAGAUUUGGGUGCAUAUUCACAGCCCUAGCUACUAUUCUAUACACUAUUCUAGCACUAGCACAAUGUUUGGCAUCGCUCGACAAACAGAUCCCAUCGGUAGAUUCCAGUCAUCUAGGAAGUAUCUUCGUUUACUGCUUCGAGGUGACUGUGAUCAUCUGCCAUAUUGUCACUCUCAUACUGACUACCAUCAUGCUGGUUGGAGUCUUGAAGGAAAAAUCUUACCUCAUGAAGCCUUGGCUGGUGUGGACAUCUUGCCUGGUGCUGGGCAAUCUGUUGCUGAUCAUCUUCUGCACAGUCCUUAUGAUGGUCUUCAACAGACUCGAAGUGGAACCCGGGCUAAUGGUGUCGUACUUGGUGGCAUUUGUUGCACUUCUGUUCCGAAUCUACAUGUUGACUCUGGUUGGAAGUUUCUACUUGCAAUUAGAAGAGGAAAAAAUUGAGCGCCUGCGGACAUUACUCAACACGGAUUCCUGGCACAGCGCUGCGUAACGUUGCUAUUUAAAUUGUUCAGGCGCUAAGAGUAAUAGUCGAAUUUUAAUAUGAUGUGU